AUGCGUAUAACAUCUAUCAUUGCGUCCUCUGCCUGUAGCAUUGUGGUAGUUUUGGCACAGGGGUUCGACAUAUCCGCUGCCUUGGCUGUCUCUAUCCCAACUGCCAACCUAGGCCCUGCGCUCACCGAAGUCAUUCCGGCCACAGUAACAUACGACCAAGCAGCUGCCACAGCCUUGCAAAGCCUGGAGGGCAAGGCUGGACCUGUGCCCGGUAUACGCGGUACUGUUAACGACUACUAUUAUAGCGAAAGUGCCCUUCGACGCUCAGCCCGAGACGCGGGAACACCCCCUGGUUAUGAGAAGGUCUUUACAGAUCUCAUAGCAGCCAAUGAGCAAAUCGGGUACCUUGGAUUCAAAAUUAAUCCAAGGGGAGAAUACGAUGUGUCUUGGUGCGCCGACUGGUGCGAUAGCGAAAGCUUUUGCCUUGGUUUCAACAUCUACUUCCAACGUGACCCGGAAAUGGAUCCUAGAUGCGACUGGUCCGGGGUUGUGACCAACGUCAAGUGUGUCAUUUAUGGAUAUCCUGUUGCUGAAGGAUCAGCUACCAACAAAGGCCAGUUUUUCGGGGAUUUUGCAGUGGUUAUCACUGGAAGCAAUGGCUACUCCAAGGUAGAAGAGGCCGCCUGCAAAACCAGGCGUCCUUCAAUUGGAGGUUUUGGCAUCCCUCAAUACCUUGUUGGUGCCAUUUCUGCUCCAGUGCAGCGUAACGGCACCAACACCGCAACAGGGCUCGAAUCAUACAAUGGCAUGAAGCUCUUCAACCAAAACCCGUACGAUCCAUUUCUUUGUGCUGCUGCUUGUCAGGCCCAGACCGAGUUCCACAAGACCCACCUCGGCAACGCCAAUGGCAAGUACCGGCCUUGUAAUUACUUCAACAGUUUCAUCUUGACAAAGAAUGCUAUUCCACUGGGCACAUACUGCUCCUUAUACGCAGAGUCGCGGCCAGUGACGGAUGCGACCAAUUUCGGCGUCAUCCAUGAAAAGGACAGAUACGACGUGCUUUGCUCAGCAGGGUACACAGCGACACCUAUCAACAGCGGCAAUAGCCAUGGUAACAACUCUAGCUUGGUACAUUAA